GUAUGGACUAAAAAUAUCAGUCAUGGUAUAAUCGAUGAUAUUAUAUUAACUUCUUUAAAAGCAAGACCGUGCGGUAUUGGAACAUCACUAAAUAGUAUAUUAUUUAAUAUUUGGUUAGGAACGGUAAAGAAGUUUUUUACAUCGGUAUAAAGUAAAAUGAUUACAAUUUUACGGACAAUAUCUAGAAAUCUUACUAACGAAAAGUUUUCUGUUGUUAAUCGCGCUUCCUUUCCUCAACGGCUUACAUGUUUUCAUACAGGUGCAAUUUUAAGGUGUGAUGCAAAGCCGGAAGAAAACGUUAGUGCUUCUGAAUCCAAUAAUCUUACUGCUGAAGAAAUAAAAAAGCGCCAUGAUGACCGAACACAAAUUAUUCCAGUAGAGACAUCAAUGAGAUACCUUAAAAGUUCUGCCUACAAAGAAACAUAUGGAGAUCAAUUAGUUUGGGAGCAGUAUAGGCGUAACCACAAAGGAGCCAUCCCACCGCGUAAAACACGUAAAACUUGUAUUAGGAAGGGAGUAAUAUCUACCGGAAAUCCUUGUCCUAUUUGUCGUGAUGAAUAUUUAGUGUUAGACCACCGAAAUAUUGAGUUACUACAACAAUUUAUUUCGCCACAUACGGGUCAAAUUCUAAGUUAUUCUAAAACUGGCCUUUGCCAAAAAAAACAUUUUGAAUUAACAGUGGCCGUUAAACGUGCGCAGGACUUCGGGCUUAUAACUUUUAACGUGCCAUUUAGAGAAUUCGAUUUAGACGAAUACUACGGUAAAGCUGGUGUUAAAAAAGAAUAACAAACUAAUACACUUUAAAUUUACAUAUUAAUUUAGUAAUUUUUAUGGAAGAAACAAAAUAAUGGCUUCUAAUAGUGUUGACAAUAUUUCCCAAUUCGAACAACAUUCAUCGACAUUCCUUGUAGUUGGUGGUGGGAUAGCAGGUGUAACCUGUGCAGAAACAUUAGCAAUUUACCAUCCAGAAGAGAGCAUAACUUUAAUAACAGAAUCGACCGUUAUAAAAACUAUAGCUAAUUUAGAACCCGUAGCAAGAUAUGUUUAUAAAUUUGAUGUGAAGGAACGAUCUUUGAAAGAUAAAUGUCAAGCUAGCCUUGCACCCACAAUUGUAACCAUUGUUGAUCGGCUUAAGAAUAUAGAGGCUUUGGAUCAUUGCGUAACCACUGAGAAUGGUCGACGUAUCUAUUAUAAAUCUAUUUGUCUCUGUACUGGAGCUGCACCCAAUCUAGUUCUCGGUAACAAUCCUCGAGUUAUUGGAAUCCGUGACACCGAUUCAGUUCUAGCACUGCAGGAAUUCUUAAAACAUGCUAAAAAAGUUACUUUGCUGGGUAAUGGUGGUAUAGCAAGCGAACUUGCUUAUGAGUUGCAUGGAAUUGAGGUACAUUGGGUGGUCAAAGACAAUCAUAUUGCGUCAACAUUUGUAGAUCCAGGUGCAGCCCAUUUCUUUCAAGAAUCAGUACGCCUCAAGCGAUCAGAACAUAGCAAAGCUGAUAAAGAGAAAACACAAUCCACUUCGAUUGUUAAACGACUUAGAUACAAGGAAAUACAAUUAGAAGAACUGUGUAAGGAAAGCAGCAAAGUUCAUGGUGCGGCUUUGGGACCCGAUUGGCACAGGAAUUUCACAUUGACUGGUAAUGCAUUAUCUACAACAGAUUUACCGAUUAUACACUACAAAUCAUAUAUUAAGGAAAUAAUAGAAGAAAAUGAAAAAAUGGUGGUUACGCUCACCAAUGAUGAACGUAUUGAAUGUGAUUUCCUUAUAUCUGCAACCGGUGUCGAACCGCGUCAUAAUUAUUCUUGCUCGAUUCCUUUAUCUAUGGCAUCCGACGGAGGAAUCGCCGUAAAUGACAUGAUGGAAACAAAUGUUUUAGAUAUUUAUGCUGCUGGCGAUGUUUGUACCGCUAUGUGGGAGCAUGGUGAUCACUGGUUUCAAAUGAGAUUGUGGACACAAGCUCGCCAGAUGGGUUGUAUGGCCGGGCGUAGUAUGGGCGCAAAAUUAACAAAUGAAGUAAUUUAUCAAGAUUUCUGUUUUGAACUUUUUGGACACGUGACUCAGCUAUUUGGUUAUCCUGUUGUCCUACUCGGGCGAUAUAAUGGCCAAGGUUUAGGAACCGAUUACGAGUUACUGAUUCGCAGUACUGCUUGUAAGGAGUAUAUAAAAUUUGUACUUCAAAAUGGCCGUUUACGAGGCGCAAUAUUGAUUGGGAAUACAGAACUGGCUGAGACCUGUGAAAACCUAAUUUUAAAUAAAAUUGAUCUUACCCCAUAUGGAGAUGACAUUCUUAAUCCGGAUAUCGAUAUUGAAGACUACUUUGAUUAAAAGUCAUUGCUAUUAAAAUAUUUUGUUUCUAUUCAUACAAGUAUACAUAAA